GUGACUCCGCCGCCGAGGCGCAUUUGCUAGGGCGGUCGGGCGAGGGAGCGCGCACGGAGCGCGGGACGGAGCGCCGGGCGGACGGACCGACGGACGGACGCCCCCGCACACGCAGACGCACAGAGCUCGGCGCGGCCCCCGUCGCACACACACUGGCACAGACACACACAGGGACACACGCAGACACACGCACACUCGCGCGCACACAGCCUCCCUCCAGCCUGCCAGCCCGCCCGCCCGCCGGCGCCCGGAGCCCGCUCUGGCCGGUGUUCUGAAGCUGGCUUCUCUCCUCCGUUCACAUCUCCAGUUUGCUUUUUGCUGAUCAAACUUCCUGCCCUGGCCCCAGAUGGCACCCCUCCCUGUCCGGACACCUUGGGAAUGAAUUAUGAGGGAGCUAGGAGUGAGAGAAAGAACCGCGCCACUGAUGACUCCAAGGGAGGGGCCCUGGACAUGUGCUGCAGCGAGAGGCUGCCGGGUCUCCCCCAGCCGGUAGUGAUGGAGGCGCUGGACGAGGCCGAAGGGCUCCCAGACUCGCAGAGAGAGAUGCCACCGCCCCCUCCUCCCUCGCUGCCCUCAGAGCCAGCUCAGAAGCCACCACCUCGAGGCGCCGGCAGCCACUCCCUCACCGUCAGGAGCAGCCUGUGCCUGUUUGCAGCCUCACAGCUCCUGCUUGCCUGCGGGGUGCUCUGGUUCAGCGGCUAUGGCCACAUCUGGUCACAGAAUGCCACGGACCUCAUCUCCUCCUUGUUGACACUUCUGAAACAGCUGGGACCCACGGCCUGGCUGGACGCUGGGACCUGGGGAGUCCCCAGUCUGCUGCUGGUCUCUCUGUCUGUGGGCCUGGUCCUCGGCACCACCCUGGUUUGGCACCUCCUGAGGACCGCCCCAGAGCCACCCACCCCACUGCCCCCUGAGGACAGGCGCCAGUCAGUGAGCCGCCAGCCCUCCUUCACCUACUCGGAGUGGAUGGAGGAGAAGGUCGAGGAUGACUUCUUGGACCUGGAUCCAGUGCCUGAGACUCCCGUGUUUGACUGCGUGAUGGAUAUCAAGCCUGAGGCUGACCCCGCCUCUCUGACCGUCAAGUCCAUGGGUCUGCAGGAGAGGAGAGGCUCCAACGUCUCCCUGACCCUGGACAUGUGCACCCCGGGCUGCAACGAGGAGGGCUUUGGCUACCUCAUGUCUCCACGUGAGGAGUCAGCCCGCGAAUACCUGCUCAGCGCCUCCCGCGUCCUCCAAGCCGAAGAGCUUCACGAAAAGGCCCUCGACCCUUUCCUGCUGCAGGCAGAAUUCUUUGAAAUCCCCAUGAACUUUGUGGAUCCAAAAGAGUACGACAUCCCUGGGCUGGUGCGGAAGAACCGGUACAAAACCAUACUUCCCAACCCUCACAGCAGAGUGUGUCUGAUCUCACCAGACCCUGAUGACCCUCUGAGUUCCUACAUCAACGCCAACUACAUCCGGGGCUACGGUGGGGAGGAGAAGGUGUACAUCGCCACUCAGGGACCCAUCGUCAGCACGGUGGCCGACUUCUGGCGCAUGGUGUGGCAGGAGCACACGCCCAUCAUCGUCAUGAUCACCAACAUCGAGGAGAUGAAUGAGAAAUGCACCGAGUACUGGCCAGAGGAGCAGGUGGUGUACGACGGUGUUGAGAUCACUGUGCAGAAAGUCAUUCACACUGAGGAUUACCGGCUGCGACUCAUCUCCCUCAAGAGUGGGACUGAAGAGCGAGGCCUGAAGCAUUACUGGUUCACAUCCUGGCCUGACCAGAAGACCCCAGACCGGGCCCCCCCACUCCUGCACCUGGUGCGGGAGGUGGAGGAGGCAGCCCAGCAGGAGGGGCCCCACUGUGCCCCCAUCGUCGUCCACUGCAGUGCAGGGAUCGGGAGGACCGGCUGCUUCAUUGCCACCAGCAUCUGCUGCCAGCAGCUGCGGCAUGAGGGCGUGGUGGACAUCCUGAAGACCACGUGCCAGCUCCGUCAGGACAGGGGCGGCAUGAUCCAGACAUGCGAGCAGUACCAGUUUGUGCACCACGUCAUGAGCCUCUACGAGAAGCAGCUGUCCCACCAAUCCCCAGAGUGACCAAGCUCCCCCUCUGAGGUCCUCUGGGCACUGCCCAGCCUAAGUGGGGCGUUCACCCUGGCCUCCCAGGGCCCUACCUCAGGUCCUGGGCCUGCUCCCUGCCCUCACCCCCUCCUGCUUCCUUCCCUCCUGUCUGCUCCCGCCUCCUGUGUUAACCUGGGCCUGGCCCCUGCCCUCCAGCAUAGCUCUUCCUCCUGUACAUACUGGGGAGUGGGGGGAGGGGGGACGUGCCAGGCCAGGCCUGGGGCCCCAGGGCCUGACCUACAACACGCAGACCUGGGGCCUCAGUUUUUAAUGAUGGUUCCAUCGCUACUUGAUCCAAAACGUUUCCGUGCCACACUCCAGGCGUCUUGCUGCAGCGUGUUCGUCCGUCCAUCCAUCUCUGCUGUCUGUACCGGACACUGUGUCUCCUCGGCCCGGGAAAGGGGUAAUGAGCUCCAGCUCCCGAGCAGCCAGGCGGAUGUGCCUGCCUCAGGCCCCCACCCCUACUUCUCCCGACAGGCAGAGUACAUUUGGCCCCCAGUUAUUUGGACCAGGAACGGGUGGGUGCUGAGGACCUGGAGGCCAGGCAUGGGGAGCUCCUGAGGGGUUGGCAGAGAGCUCUCAGCUGGGGGAGAGGUCUCUGGGUUGGGGUGGGCAUCACAGCCAGGGUGGCCUCUGGGUGUCAGGUGCCCCCAGGAGGCAAUGACCAGCUAGUGAGGCAUUGGGAAGGAAGGGGACAGAUGGGGGUGGGGAACCCAGAGGAUCUGGGCCCUGGUUGGGGGAGGGGAGGGGAGCUCCGGGGAAGGGGUGGGGACUCAGCCCCAGAUCUGUGUGAGACGUUUCUGUGUGUCACCAUGGGAAAGCCUUCCCAGAAGUCUCGCUGCGUGUCGCUCCACGUGUGUUCCCAUGUCCAUGUGUGCGUUGAGAGCCCAUCAGCAGGGCAUGCAUGACUCUUUGGCAACGUGUGUUAUCUUGGAGCCACGUGUUUUUAUUGCUGACUUUAAAUAUUUAUUCCACGGCAGAGAGACAUUUGGUGUCUUUUUAUAAUUCGCUCGUGGUCAUUGAAUAGAGCAAUAAACGGAGCAUUUUGAGCAAAACUAA